AUGACGGCCGGGUCCGAAAUUACAGCCACCUCAAGUUACUGGUUGAAUUGGAGGUUCUUUGUUUGUGCACUUUUCAUCUUGUUCUACUUGGUCGUGGCCGCAAUUUUAAUUUCGAAAUUCGAAGGCGGUCGAAAAUCGAAUCCUCGGGGUCGAAAUAAUCGUAAGGUAGCUCCAGGUGUGGUAUACGAGGAGGAAGCUUGGAAUACAUGUCUUAGAAGCAUUCAUCCUGCUUGGCUGCUCGGUUUUCGAAUGUUCGCUUUCAUUACGCUGUUAACAUUGCUCGUGAUCAAUGUCUUCAUCGACGGAAUGAGCAUAUUCUUCUUUUAUACUCAGUGGACAUUUACUUUGGUCACAACAUACUUUAUGCUUGGAUGUGUAAUCUCCAUAUACGGAUGUCAAAAACACUGGGCACAAGCUUGUCGUGAUAGCGUCGAUGGUGAAAGUUUAGAUACUGAGCAAGGCACCAAUGAGUCCGGCCAUUCGAAAGACAGCAAAAUAGCUGGUGGAUGGAUUUAUGCCUUCCAAAUUAUGUAUCAAGCUUCUGUGGGUGCGUCAAUGCUCACUGAUUUAGUAUUUUGGAUCAUUCUUUUUCCGUAUCUGAGGUCCAUACCAUACGGUGUGGAUUUGAUUCUUAUUGUCUGCAUGCACUCUGUCAAUGCUGUUUUCCUACUCUGUGACACAGUUUUGAAUUGCUUUCGGUUCCCCUUUUUUCGAAUUGCAUAUUUUUUCUUAUGGACCAGCAUCUUCGUUAUAUUCCAGUGGCUUGUGCAUUCUUAUUAUAACCUUUGGUGGCCAUAUCCGUUCCUCGACUUGACACCGUUUUAUGCUCCGUUUUGGUACACGUUUUAA